AUGCCCUGGAUUCGAAAACUCGUGCUUUACGUACACUUCAUUCCUCAGGUCACAAAAUCGAGUUCUCUAAGACCAGAAAUAGAAGUCGAGCACGAUCAAGACCACUACCUCUUUACGAAUCCAUACACAGGCAAGUCGUACAUCAAGAAGAAGCAACAACCCAUGCAGAAUUCCGCGACAAUGCCACAUCAACAGGUGGUCCAAGACGGCACAGAGGAAUUCGAUUUCGAUGGGCUCUUCAACACCAGUGCUUCGAAAAAUCGGUGCGCUGUAAAAAGGCGUCUUACUAUUGUUGCCGGUACUGCAAGUGUGUUUGGAAGAGCUAGUAAGGCGGCAAAAACUGGUUCUGGUUCUGUUAUGGCUUCCGUACUGGAAAGCAUCCAUCUUGGUAAGAACAACAGUGAUGUCACUGACAAGCCAGAUGACGACGACGACUCAUUGGGAAGUGAAGAGGACUUCAACCAGAGGGUUAAGAGCAUUGUUGAUGACCACAUCGGCAACAACCUAGAUGAGUACGCUAGAAAGAAGUUCGUUAAGUCUAUUCGUGACCCCAUCACUAAAGCUCAGAAAGAAGCCUUGGAGCGAUUGAGGAGUGACGUUGUGCCUCAGUUGAACGUGAUCAAUGAGAAUGCAAAGAAUGCUGUCGCCAAGACAGUUCAGUUUCGAUUGGAGUAUGACCAACAGAAGGCCAGGGACAGGAGGUUCGAGGAGUUUGUGGUUGAGAAGCUGGGACAGAUGAAUGGUACCAUCGAAGCCCUUGGAAGGUACAUGCUUAGGCGCCUCGGAAGUGCCGAUGGUUUGGAUGACAGCAGUCUAGCCAACAUGGUGGCAUUGGAACACUUUGACGGAGUUCGUGAUGUUUGA